ACAAACAUGGGUAGUAUGUGUAAGAACAGAAAGAUUGAUCAAGAAUGUCGGGCAUUUAAAGAGGAAUGGACAACAAAUUACUUUUUCACGGAUACUGGAAGCAAAGCUGUGUGCUUACUUUGUCAGGAAACCAUCGCCGUGUUCAAGGAAUAUAACUUGAAAAGACACCACCAAACAAAGCACGUGGAUUUUGGAAAAACUCUCUCUGCAGAAGAAAGGAAGAAAAAAGCAACUGAUUAUGUGCAGCGACUGAAAAAACAACAAACAGUGUUUUUCAAACAAUCUGCCAGUCAGGAUGCUGCUACAGAGGCAAGUUUUGUUGUGUCAUAUAAUCUCGCCAAACGAAACAAGCCAUUUUCUGAUGGGGAGUUUUUGAAAGCGUGUAUGGUGGAUUGCGCAAGCAUCGUGUGCCCGGAAGCAAAAUCUAAAUUCGAGAACAUUGCAUUGUCACGAAGGUCUGUUGUACGCAGAGUGGAAGUGAUAGCAGAGGAUUUAUCUCACCAACUGGAUAAAAUGUGUAAAGACUUUGUGUGGUAUUCGCUAGCGCUGGAUGAGAGUACAGAUACACAGGAUACAGCACAAUUAAUGAUUUUCAUUCGUGGGAUAGAUGGGAACUUUAAAGUUACAGAGGAACUGUUAGCACUGGAGUCCCUGAAAGACACAACUACAGGGCAAGAUUUAUAUCAGGCAGUGAAAAGUUGUGUAGAAAGGAAAGGACUAGAGUGGGGUCGAAUGGCAAGUGUAACUACAGAUGGUGCACCUGCUUUAACUGGGAAAAACAAAGGGAUGGUGGCAUUACUUUCAAAUAAAGUUCGUGAGGAAUGUGGCCAGUCAUUGAUGGCCUUUCACUGCAUCAUACACCAGGAGAGCCUCUGCAAAGCAGCACUGCAAUUCAAACAUAUUGUGGAUCCAGUUGUGAGUGUGGUGAACAUUAUUAGGGCCAGGGUACUGAACCAUAGGCAAUUUAUCUCUUUGCUGGAGGAUAUGGAUGCAGAACAUUCAGAUGUUUUAUACCACAACAAUGUGAGAUGGCUGAGUGUAGGGGAGGUCCUGAAACGAGUGUGGGACUUAAGGGAGGAAAUUGUGAUUUUUCUGGAGAUGAAAGGCAUAGAAUGCGAGUUUAGAAGAAAGAUUCAGGAGGAAGAGUGGAAGUUUCAGCUGAUGUUCGCAGUGGAUGUGCUCCAAAAAAUGAAUGAACUCAAUGUGAAACUGCAAGGAAAAGAUUUGUUUGCCCAUGACAUGUAUGUGCAUGUGAAGACUUUCAACAGACAACUGGACCUCAUGUCUAAACAAGCUGGGAAAGGCAAUUUCUGCCACUUUCCAACCCUGAAGGGUACUAAAGCUCCACAACAUCUCUGGACUAAUUUCAGAGACAAGCUGGACUGCCUGAAAGCCGAGUUUGAGAGAAGGUUCGAAGAUUUCAGGGACAUGGAUCCACUCUUCCAACUGCUGUGUUCUCCAUUCACAGCAGAUGUUGAAUCAGCACCAGAGGAUCUGCAAAUGGAUAUCAUUGAAAUGCAGAGUGAUUACACACUGAAGGAGGCUUUUGGAGCAAACGAAUUGUCUGCCUUCUAUUGUGCCCUACCACCUACGUUUGCAGCAGUGAAGAAAUUUGCAGCAAAACUUCUUUCAGUGUUUGGUUCAACUUACAUCUGUGAACAAAGUUUCUCUUGCAUGAAGAUAAACAAAUCGAAGACUCGAUCGGCGAUGACAGAUACAAAUCUGCAAACCGUUAUGCGUAUUUCAACGAGCAACCUCAAACCAGACUUCAAAACUAUUGUGAGAAACUGUGACCAACAUCAUUUCUCACACUGAGAGCAUGAACAUGUUAAAUAGAUAUGAUAAAACAAUGUAAACCUGUAAAUAAAAACCACCCUGAAUUUGUUGUUGUUUUCUGUUAGUUUUCUCGAAAAAGUUAUUGAUCUAGCGCCAUUUCUAGCCAGCCCGGCCCUUCAUUGCAUAUUAGUAUUUCAAAAUGGCC